UGGCCCGUAAUAUGUGGAUAGUGUUUGUGUCAAUUCUUUUUUGUUACGGGGGUUUUAUGCAAAGACACCCCACCGCUUAGGAUAUACACACGUACUACAAACAGAUGAAACUCAGAACUAUGCCUGAAACCGCGGAUAAGCAGCAAUCACAGCAGCACCAGCACGGGAAGAAGCGUGUGUCAAAAGCAUGCGACUGCUGUAGAAAGUCCAAGACUAAAUGUGACGGUCAGAGACCAUGCUCUCGUUGUUUACAGGACGGGAAGAUCUGCACUUACAUGACGAAGAAGAAAGCCGACCAGAUGUACCCUGCUUCAUACGUGGAUUUACUUGAGACCAGAGUGUCUAUACUGGUUCAGUCGCUGAACGAAUUGCUGCAGAUUUCCAAACGAUCAUCUGCUGAGCUCCACAACUUUUGUUCACAUCCAGAUUUGCUGAAUGAAGAUGGUGAAUUUGAUAUCAACAAAGUCAUCUGUAAUUUGCUGCCAAAGGAGAAGCUUGAUAACCUUGCCGAGUCGUCUCAGGAUUACUCCAUCGACCAGAUUACUCAUGUCUCUGGCACCACAAGCUCACGGGAUUUAUCAGGCUCCUCUUCCCCCAAAUCUCUAGGAGCACAUUCUUCACUGGCUAAAGCCCGCCGUAACUCUGAUAACCAUGUUCACAAGAUACCGGUAAAGUCUAACAAACAUCAUGAUAACUUGUCGUCGGCUUCGUUACAAUCUCGUCUGAGUAUCACUACAAAUGCAAGUAAUACUGGGAACUCAACGGCAACAACCACGCCGCCCACUUCAUCAGACUCCCCCUUAAGCUCAACGUCAUCGUCUCUGGACAUAUUCAAACAGCCAAAGAAGGUGUCAGCUGCUUGGGAUUCACUGCUAUACCCACAUCACGAUCCAUUACAAGAAUUGGACCUUGACAGCAUAAAUUUUAGUGAUUCCAAUACCACUUUAAUGAGCCCCGUCUAUUCUUUUGACGAUAACAUGGAUUUGGGCUCUGCUACUUUGGAUUCAACAUUGAGCGAUGUCUUCUCAAAGCAGAAUGUUGGUACUCAGGGGCAGAACUCCUGUAAUGUCAAUGCAAAUGUGUUUUUACCAAAGGGCUCAGCAGUGACCACAAUUACCUCAGAUUUGCCAAUUAGACCGGUUGGUGACUGGCAAUUGACCGAGGACAUGUUCUGAGAUCCUUACGGUCUCCUUUAGGCGCUAGCCUCUAUUCUACAUAUUCAUCAUGCUUUUCUCUUUUCUUGUUCUUUGAUCGUUCUAUCGAUGUUCUUUAUUUUCGAACAACCCCCUUCACUACAGAUUAAUGGUUUGCCGUAUGUUCCCAAAUGUGAAUAUGCGUCUCAGGUGCUAUCGUUCUAGUGGACGAUGGUGGCUUUUGUUGAAGGGUUUCCACUGCUUUUAUGACGAUGACCUACUGACGCUCCUUUCUAUUAUUGUUUCUUUUGAGUUGUGCCU